AUGGCAAGGCAUCUGAAAAGCAGCUCCCAUCCGCCCAAGACCCCUGCCCCUCCCAUGGGCUAUGUGUCCAGUACAUUAGGAUCAGACAUCCUGACUGAAGGAGAGGAUGAAGAGGGAGACAGUGAAGGCUAUGAGUUGUCCCGACAGCUGUGUGGAAUAGACUAUUCCCCUGGACGCAGCCUGGAAACCGUGGAGGGAGCGAUCACAGGACACCCUUACUCUCACCGAACCCAGGCAAGCAGCGCUGGCUCCAUAGACGGAGGACUCCUAGCAACUCAGAGCCUGGGUCAUCAACGGGUAUCACAGCCUUCACAAAAACUACGAGUAGAGACACCAGGGACUGAACCUCACAGGAGGGAUGACAUUGCUGAUGUGCGAGCGCCCUCCUCAGAGCCCCUACACAGCGUUGGUGCACGAUCCUCCUGA